UUCCACAACGUAAAACGUGAAGUAAAAGCUGCUCGCUUUCUAUUUGUACUUUCACUGGGGUAAUGUGACUUUUAACUUCGCUGAUAUUGUAAUCAACUCGUCUGCAAAGAUGAUGCUCGCUACUUAUUUCCAAAAGCUUGGGGACUGUUACCCACACCAAACAGGUGUAGGAGGUUACUGCGACUUUAUUCUUGACCACUGGUCUUACAAGCAAACAAUGGCAGAAGAAGACACAGAGAGCCUGGUUUCUUCACGAGAUAGCGGGGAAGCCCAGUUCCUCAACUGCGGUAUCUGCAUGGGAAGAUUCGUGAAUCCUAAGAUGCUUCCAUGCCUGCAUACAUUCUGUGAACGCUGUCUUCUGCAGUAUAUACCUCCAGAGAGCUUGACAUUAUCGUGUCCCCUUUGCCGUCAGCAAUCAAUUUUACCAAAGCAAGGCGUUUCGGGGCUUCAGAAUAAUUUCCUUAUAAGCAAUUUGAUGGAUGUUCUGGAACAGACAUCGGUUUGCGGAAACUGCCAAUUCAAAUCUAGGACCGGCAUCUCUAAGUGUUUGGAAUGCAAUAAUUAUCUGUGUCAACGCUGUUCAUCUAAGCACCAAGAAGAUCCCAAUUCUACAUUGCACACACUUGUACCACUUGGAGAUAAUUGUUUGUUCAGCGAGGACAAUAACGUGAUAGGAAAUCUUACAGGAAGCCAACAGAAAGGUGAAAAAAAGAAAGACUUAUUGACAUGUCCGAAGCACGUUAAUCAAUCGCUUCGCUUUUAUUGCAAGGAAUGCGAAACAGCCAUUUGUGUAACAUGCACUGAUAUUGAACACGCAGGGCAUAUGACAGCUCGUCUCACCGAUGCAGUUAAAGAUGAAAAAAGCAACUUGCGGGAGCUUUUAAAAAAAGCAUAUGAUCAUGUACCUACAUUAAAAGAAGCCAUAGAAUCGGUAAACAAUGUUACUUUUUCUUUAGCCAGCAGGCACGCUAAGAAUACUCAGAUGAUUAUUGAUUGUUUCGAUUCUUUAGAAAAAGCUGUUCAACAAAGAAAAAAUGAACUAAUUAAAGAACUCGAUCAAAUUGCAUCCAAAAAACGCCAUGUGCUCGAAGAACAAAAGAAUGUACUAGACAUGUGUUUAUCAAAUAUACUCGCCAGUUCAGAAUUUACUGAAAAUGCUUUAAGUUAUGGCAGUGAAACAGAGGUUAUAUUAGUUACGAAACAAAUGGCAGAAAAGCUAGAAGACUUUGCAGAUAUGCGAAUUCAGAAAAUGCCAGAAGAAAAUGAUUUUUUGAUCUUUAGAUCUGAAGGCUUUGAUUCAGCGAAGAUAGCUAUUUUAAAUGUAGGUAAUGUUGUAACAACAAAUGCUGUGGCGCAUCAAUGCACAGCUGCCGGUGAAGGACUAAAGCUCUGUGGAGUUAACAAACAAACUUUGGUUGUCAUAACAGCUAAAGAUCGCAGGAAUGACAUAGUGCGAGGAGCUGGGGAUGUUUUCGAAGCGGAACUAACAUCACCAGAGUUAUCAUUUUCUUGCAAGCCCAAAAUAGUGGACCAAAAAAAUGGCAGUUAUGAUAUGCAUUACACCGUUCCAAAAGAAGGCACAUACCAGCUUAGCAUCAUGUUCCUAGGACAGCACAUACAUGGAAGUCCCUUUUUAGUAAAAUCGUAUAUAGAAGAAGAAUCUUCGUCCAGUGAUCGGCCAGUUAGUUCAAAAAUUCCACGAACAACUGGAGUCAGGCAGAGAACUAGCAAAUCCUCUUCCAGUAACCGCUCCAGUGGCUCAAGGCUUAGAAGUAAUGCUAUUGAAGAUGACUUAAUACUGAAAGUAGGAAACAGAG